AUGCCGACCAUCGACUACUCCAAGUGGGAGAAGCUGCAGGAAGACAGCGACGACGAGAUCUUCCAGCAUCCAUUGCCUCCAUGCUCGCCACGCCAACCCAUCAAAGUUGGACAGUUCUCAACAGUCCCUCGCCUUCCAGACAAUCCAGCGUUGCGACGCGAAGCUCUUCGCGAACAAACACAGCUUCAGAACUUCGCACUGCUACAUCCCUGCCCUGCUCAAAUAGACCUGCAUGCGUGGCUUCGAAGGAUGGUCCAACUCUCCCGAAACCCGCACGCAGAGCGAGGCACCUUGGCCUGGGUCAUGCGAAGCAUGAACUGGAACUCACAACACAUUGCGUGGUUCCACUAUCCCUCGUUUCGAAGUCUCUGGCAGUCUGCCACUUUGACACCGAGCACAGCAUUCGCUGCCCAACGCGACGCAGGCAUCGUGCUGUACGAGCGCGGAGGCAAGCCCUGCAUGCAGUUCAACUUCUACACCUUGCACCAUGUCAUGACCGGAAUGGACUUUCACACCGGCGCCCCGUUCCCGGUGUACAAUUUCACAAAUCGGAUCGAGCAGGUUUGGGACGGCAUCGGCUCAUGGCUAGCCUAG